UCUAUGCAGGUGUCUCGUCUCAGGUGCCUGUCCAGUGCAGACCUUCAACACUGGAUUUUCACUUGACUUCGUAUUCUUUUCCUGUUCUCCUCAAAUAGGUUUGCCUAAACUAUUUGAUUUAGUAUAUAUUUUUUGCUUUCUAAAACAUUAACCAUGUCUUUUUCAGACGGGUCAAAACUUUGAAUUGUUGUCUGCUUAAGAGAAGCCAGCUGGAUGAAAACGAUGCGUGAGGUAUCAAUUUAUGCCUGUUGAAUAGGCACACUUGGAGAGGAGGGUAGGCCUAUGUUUUUCCGUCACCGUUGGUUACUGUGAGUGACGGGGUAAAGAUGUCUGUGAUGGAAAACAUAAAGAAAGAAAGAGGACAAUUGAUUAUAUCGAUUCGCCGUCUUACCAGGAUAAACUACAACUGUACAAGCUGAGGGUAGUCGUUAUUUAUCAACUAAACUCAUGAUCGUGUAUGGAGUAUGGCAGGUGUUCACAUAUGACAGCAAAUUAUAGUGACUAGUUAGUUGAUCAUUCUCUUGUGAAAUAAAACGGGGGUCUAAUCGGGAACUUCUGAUUGUCAAGAGUUCCCAUCCCUCUUCAACACUAUGGACGUCGUCGACUACAGAAGCGAGUUAAGGAUGUCAGCCAGAGAAGUCAAAGCCUUCCUAGACGCGGACAGAUUCACGGGUGUCGGGAACGGGAUUCAGGGUGAUGUUGAAUAUAGAUUUGUGGAUGUCCUGCUAUUUGGUGGGGCACCAUGGGGGUUCACUCUGAAAGGGGGUCUGGAGCACCGAGAACCACUGCUCAUAACCAAGGUGGAGGAGGGCAGCAAGGCGGCGACCGUCAGCCUGCAGGUGGGAGAUGAGAUCGUCAACAUCAACACAGUUCCCAUCAGUGGAUCCAGACAGGAGGCCAUCUGUCUGGUCAAAAGCUCCCACAAGACCCUCGCCCUGGUCGUCAGAAGGAGGAAUGAACCAGUCUCCCGGCCCCAUUCAUGGCACUCCUCCAAGUUCACAGAAGACCACCCCGAACCCACAGAGAGUCACAACAAGCCUCCACCUGUGUGGCAGGUCAAACAUGAAGUCAGUGCAUCCACAAAAGACCUUUCCAGCUGCGCGGACCACGACUCGAAUCUACGCCAGUUAUCUAGCCAGUUCAGCUCCGUGGGGAAUAUGGAGAGAGUAGAGCGUCCCUCACACCCCUACCCACCAGGAUGCCUCUCCCCCAGCAGGUACCACCGCAGCACUGAGCCUCUCUCUGGGGGUGGAUUGUCUGGUGGGAAGAGCGAAUCAGCCUUCAGCUGCCUGUCCUCUACCAGCCCUCCCCCGGAGCCUGCUCUGGCCCUCACCAACACUGAGGCGACUGAGGGCAGCGUGUUCUAUAAGGGGGUCCAGACUCAGACCAGUGAAGUCGGAAGGCAGGGUGAGCAGCGCCACAGCCGGUACCUCCAGCUGCCCCAGGGGGACGGAGGCUCCGAGAGCCCCAGGACAGUCCCAGAGGAGCAGCCUGGCUCCCGCUACUCCAGCUCAGGCUCUGGCAGGUCGCACAUAGGCCCUGUGUGGCACGUCCCAGAGAGGAGGAAGGUAGCAGCCCCCCUCUCUCCUCCUCCUCCUCCCCUGCGCAAUGACAGCUUUGCUGCCACCAAAGUGUACCCAGCCUACACAGAGGGGCCUGGAGCUCCACCACAGGCCCUAGAGAACAGCAGCUACAGGGCCCGGGGCAACCAUAUCUCUCACAAUGAGAAUGGGCCAGACCCCAGGUGCAGUUACAACCCUCCACCUCACAAUAAAUACUUCCUCCACCCAAACAUAGCUGCAGGUGCACCUGACUACAACCACAACCAGCUCAGCAACCCAAACAAACUGUUCUCGCUGUCUAGCCAAGACGUGAGACAGAGUCAGUCUUCCUUCGCUUGCCUGCCCAACCACCAGCGGCAGUACAGCGACGAAAGCACUUUCUACCUGCAGACCAGAUCCGCCCCACAUCCACCGAAGCCGCAGAGCGUCGGAAGCUACUACCACAGCCUCCAGGAGCUCCCUACCAACCGGAGUAACAGUCGGAACCACGUGAGGUCCUCCACCACGUCCCUGUCCACCUCGACCAUCGACCAGAACUAUGACGGCGGAGGACACAUCAGGUACUACUGCAUCACAACCAAGCAGCCAGGCCAGCCAGAGACUCGUGUUAGACAGAGCAAAUCAGAGGUCUGGAUGGCUGACAUGGAGCUAGCUAAGGGCUCAAACGACAGGGGCUCCACAAGUUCCUCCCACAAGACCAACAAGGUCAAGUAUCAUCCUCAGCCGCCUUACGCCAACAGCAAAGAGCGGAACGGAAAUGUCAAAGCGGCCAACGUUCUGCUUUACGAACACACAGCCUCCAAUUCCUCAUCUGGUAAACCUACCACUGAGGAGAGUGAGAGGAGGAGUGAGGGCCAGAGACCUACAGAGGCCCAGCUUAGAAGCUCUUACUCUCCCAGUCCGCCCAAGGACCACAAGGCGGCACCGCUGAGAGAAGACCCUUGGGUCUCUCAGGAGAACCAUAAGAUCUCUUCUCAAAAGACACCCAUUCUCCACAGUCUGGCUCAGGGGAGUAGAAGCCUAGCCCAGGAGAUUAGGAGCCCAAUGCUUCAUUCUCUAGCCCAGGAGAUUAGGAGCCCAAUGCUUCAUUCUCUAGCCCAGGAGAGUAGGAGUCCAAUGCUUCAUUCUCUAGCCCAGGAGAGUAGGAGUCCAAUGCUUCAUUCUCUAGCCCAGGAGAGUAGGAUCCUGGUGGAGAAGAUUCACUCCGCUACGGCACCACCACCAUCCAACGGCGGAGGAGACAACAACCACGCCAUACAGGAGGCUUUAACAAACAACGCGGCAACGGGCAAACUGGCGAGACGCAGCGACCGAUACGCCACCACCCUCCGCAACGAAAUCCAGCUAAAGAGGGCCCAGCUGCAGAAAAGCCGGAGCGCUGCCACCCUGACCUGCCCCAGCGAGACGGAGGAGCCAGAGGAGGAGACAGACCCGGGGGGGUGGAAGUCCACCUCCUCCGACGGCUCCUUUUCCUCCUCCUACAAGGACCACCUCAAGGAGGCUCAGGCUAGGGUCCUCCAGGCCACGUCCUUUAGGAGGAGAGACCUAGAACCUCCCGGGUCAGGGUCGGAGGCUCAGCUAACCAAACCCAACUCACACAUAGUCUCCCGCAUUGGCGGCCGCAAGCGUUUCCCUCUGAACAAGAGGGUCCACUCGUUCUCCGAGCCAGACAAGAUCGACAAGCUGGGAGUGGAGGGUGAGGGAGAACGUCCCGUUGGAACAGCACAGCCGUUUGUAGAUCGACGGAAGAUCUUUGAAAUGGCUGCUAAACCUGCCUUCUGCAGACCCAUCUCAACCAUCCACAAGUCAGGCCAGCAGAGCUCCAGCACCACCUCCAGCACUUUGGAGCACGGAGAGGGCAAGGCCAGAGGGAGAGCCCACUCAGGAGAAUCUCAGGAGAAAUACCCAGACCCCCUCAGCCCCGCAGGCAGACAGGCCCUACUGGAGCAGCAGAGGCUGGGGACCUUCACCGAGUACCAGGUCACCUGGAACAUGCAGAGGAAGGCUUCAGACACAAAGACCCAGGGGAGGUACCACUCUGCUGACGACAUCCUGGACCAGGGAACAGAGGAGACGCCUGUCUGUGUCCACGAGAGGUCCAGAUCGUCUCCCUCACAAGACUUCUACACACAGAAGAUCCCUGUGCCAUGGAGAGAGACUGUUGAAAUUCUGGACCAUAGACAGGACCAGCAAGGAGGCAGUUACACCACCAGAGGGCCGAGCGAGAGCCAAGAGCAGCCAGCCCAGCUCCACCACUUCCCACAGCCUCCACAACCGUCUAUUCCAAGACUGACCGACACAGAGCCACACAGCAGCAGAGACGUGGCCGCCCCCGCCCCCCUCCCUUCCCUCACCCCCUCUGACCACAGAUACAAAUGUGACUCUGCGGACCCCGGCCACAAACUCUCCGCGUACCCUUCCAACCACACCCACAGCUCUGUGUCUGAGCAACCACUACCACCUCCAACGGCGGCUCCCAAGCCCCAGAAUACAGGCCUCAUCAUCAUGCCACAGUGGCCUCUCCUAGGCCUGGAAACCCCCUCAACCACAUCCUCCACCUACGGACUGUCUUCCCAGGAAUUCCUGCCUGGCCCUUGCACCCAUCAGGCUGAACCAUCAUCCAGUAGCAGCUGCUCCUCCCAUGGCACAGAGCUGGAUCCUGCCCCAAACCAAGCCUGCUCCUUGGGCUCCACCCAGCUCCCCUCUCCCUCCCCUGGGAGAACCGCUGGACUGGGCACGGAGGAGGGAGCAGCUGAUUCAACACUAGAGCCGCCACCCUCCCCCUCUUCCCACUCUCCUUUAUUCUCCUACCAGCCUGCCAGUCUGACGGUUCCCUCCUCAGGUGGGACUAGUUCUCCCUCUCCUCAGUUUGCUCCACAGAGGUUGACGGACCAGCCCCCUGUCUCUGUGUCUGUGCAGGAUGAAGCCCAGAGCAGGCCAGAGAACAGGACCAACGCUGUGAUGGAGAUGAGCAGUGUAGGGAAGAAGGUCCCUGUGAAGAUCGUCCAUGCUGAGAGCACCACAGAGAGGGAGAGCCGCCAGUACCUGCUGCACAGCGAGAGAAAUGGGGCCCCUGGAGUUUCAGAGGGGCCCGACUUUCCCCCGCCCUUACCGACCAGCCUGCCCUCCCCUGAGCCGCAGCCCUACUCCCUGUUCCGUGCCUACACCCCCUACACACGCCAUGGGCCCCAGAGUCCCCCCAGGGACCCAACCCUCACUGUAGCCCCAGAAGAGGCCCUGUCCCCUGGGCGGUGUCAGACCAACGGCCCCUCCGGUACCGCCGUCAUGGGUCCCCAGCAGCCUCCGAAGAGUAAUUCGGAGGAAGAUGUGAAGAGAGAGGAGCUGGCCAGAGACAUCAUGGACAAGGAUAAGUCCCUGGUGGACAUCUUGGACCAGAGUAAGAUGAAGACCACCAUGGAUCUGAUGGGGGGGAUCUUCCCCCAGGGGGAGCAGAUCUUGGAUGGGGGGCACCAGAGGAGGAAAGUCUCCCCCAAACAGUGUUUGCCGCCCAGGGGCACGGAUGACAGGAGAGAGGAGGGUGGCGUGUCUGCUGCCACAGGGGCCCUGGUGACCAGCUCCACCUACUACAGUACAUCUGCCCCCAAGGCUGAGCUGCUCAACAAGAUGAAGGACAUGCAGGAGGAGGAGCUGGAGGAAGACUCCGAGGACGAACUGGACAUCGACCUGGCCAGCAAGAAGCAAGAGCUGAUUGACAGCCUGGGUAAGAAGCUGCAGGUGCUGCGCGAGGCCAGGGAGAACCUUCAGGAGGACCUCCACGAUAACAACUCUCUGGGGGACGAGGUGGAGGCCGUGGUGCAGAGGGUCUGCAAGCCCAACGAGCUGGACAAGUUCAGGAUGUUCGUGGGAGAUCUGGACAAGGUGGUCAGUUUGCUGCUCUCCCUGUCCGGCCGACUGGCCAGGGUGGAGAACGCGCUCAACAGUCUGGAGGAAGACACCACACCGGAAGAGAAGCGCACCCUGUCAGAGAAGAGGAAGCUGUUGAUCAGACAACACGAAGACGCCAAAGAGCUCAAGGAGAACCUUGACCGGCGGGAGCGCCUGGUUUACAGCAUCAUGGCUGCUCACCUCAGCCACGAGAGCCUGGCAGACUACCAGCACUUUGUCAAGAUGAAGUCAGCCCUCAUCAUCGAGCAGCGCAAGCUGGACGACAAGAUCAAACUGGGAGAGGAGCAGCUGAAAUGUCUGCUGGAUAGUUUAUUGUUGGAGCAGAGGCUGCUGUUCUGACGAUUGCUAGUGCAAUCCGAGUUCCUUGGGACGUCGAUCCCUUAACCCCUACCCUAACAUUAACCCCUACCUUAACCUGUCAACUUCAAUAGGGUGACAUCAGUUGGGACGUCCCAGGGGUCUCAUUUAGUCUAUUCCUUCUGACAAUGGCCACACAGGUAAUGUGGUGUACUGACACAGACUGGCCACUAGAGGGCCUCAGAGGUGCUGUUGGACUUGGAUAUGAUGGAGGAUUCUCUGUGUGCUUUGUGGUCGUUGACUGACUGACUUGAAGCCUGUUACAUUUCAGUUCCACAGUACAGACAGGAGCUGUUUUUCUGUGCUGAAGAAACACCCCGUUUCUGGAUUUAAAGUAGCUCCUUCGAGGAAAUUCAUUAAGAUCGAUGAAACGUGUUUGAUUCAGGGAUGUUGGUGAGGUCUAUGCUCUCAAAUGAUUCUCAAGACGAGGCGGACCGUCUGUUUUAUAUAAUGCGUGUUUGAAAGAUGAUUUUAGUAAUUUAUUGUAGCCUUUUAAAUAUUUACAGAUGACUUGACGUUUCAGGUAAACUCCCCUAUAAACUUACGUUGUAGUUAAUUACAAUACAAAUGAUAUAUACACAUUCUUAUUGUGAAGUAUAGGUUUUAUAAUUAGAUCAUUAACAGGGUUUUUCCUCAAUGGGACAGUGCUGGUUUGGUUGAGAAGUCUAAAGUUGUUUUCAUAUUUGCCCAAACAGUACUUGUCUUUCAUCAUAUUACACACACCACUAAUAGCUACAGCACAGAUGUACGUUUUCAACCAAUCUUGUUCUCAGGCCCCACUUCCCGUACAAUAGUAUAGUAUUCCUUGACAAUGUUUAUUUCUUACUCAUGUGCUGGGGUUGAUGGGUUACUGGUCUUUUUUUAAUUCCAAAAGUAUAAAAAGGUCAUUAAAGGUUUGAAAUCUGUUCUGGGCAGCAGGUAACCUGGUUAUAGAGGUGAGCCAGGAAACCAGAGGGUUGCCAGUUGCUGGAAUCAAAUCCUAGAUGCCAUUGCAUGCCAUUUUGCCCUUGAGCAAGGCACUUAACCCCCUCCCCCACAACAACAUCUCCCUGGGUGCCCAGUGUGGCAGACCCCUGCACCACUCUAAAACAUGCAUGUGUAUUUUCAGCUUCCUUUUGGAGGAGUUGGGUUAAAAGCAGAAGGUGCAAUUUACCAAUAAAUGUAUCUUAAAAUCAAAGACCGAAUUAGCACUUUUUAUAGUCCCAUAAUUCCCCUGUUUAGGGACCUAUCUCCUGUUUAGGGACCUAUCUCAACCUGACGUUGUGCCUGUGCGUCUGCCACUGUGAACACUAAAGGAUUUGUAUGUCCAUGCUUUGUAUAACCAUACAUGCAUUGUACUCUCACAUCAAUUUGAAGACAAUAAACAGUAUGACUGAAGGUCUUGGUGUUU